AAUUAUCACAAGAGAUCAAAUUAUCAAAAAAGGUUGUUUCUUUAUAUUAACUGCAAUAAAUGAUUAAAAAGUUUCAAAAUAUGAACUAUAAACGUUUCUCUGAAAGCGAAAUUAGUGAUAAAAUAGAUUAGAUCUAAACUAUUUAACAUGAAGAAAGCUUAGUUUUACAUUCUGAUAAAUUAAUAUGGAGUAGAUGUGUUUAUUUUUAAGAAGGUCAAUUUGUUGUCGGAUUAUCUGAUGGCUAAGUCUUAUUAGUGGACACUUUGAGCUCUACAUCAAAAACAGUUAAACUUUAAAACUCACCUUAAUUUAAAGUGAAAGAUAUUGCAUUUUUGUAAAAAAACUCGCUCAUGGUAACAUGUUAUAUAGAUGCUUAUAUCCACAUUUGGAGUUUAAAGAAUGAUGGUUAAUUAAUAAAAUAAUUACCCUAUAAAAGUUACAAUUCAGUUGCCAUUAAAGAUCGCUACUUAGCUUUUAUUUCAUCAGAUAUGUUAAAUGAAAUAAUUAUUUUAGAUUCUCAUAAAUUCUUUAGUAUUGUGUAAAAAAUAUAGGCGCCAAUAUUUUUUAAUGGUUAACUUAAUUCAAUCAGAUUCAUUAACAGCUUUCACCCAUGUUCUAACUUGUUUGCAUUCGUAGAUAGACUAUAUUUCUAUGUUUAUGAUUUCUAUACAAAACAUUAUGUUAAGAUAAUAAACCUAAAAGCAUAUGGAAGCCCAUAUAAAAUUAAGACUUACAAAAAAGAUAAUUUUUAUUAUGCAGCUGUCUUAUUUAUGUCUGAAAAAUUUAUAGUAAUAGAUAUCAUUAAAGGAGAAAUUAUUUAUAAAAGCAAAAUCUUAGAAAGUAGCUAUGACUCAACAGUUCUCUGCUGUGAGUUCGUAAAUAGGACAAAUAUUAUUAUGGGAUUUAGUGAUUUGAGAGCAUAUAUUAUCAAUUUUAUAACUGAUUAAAUUUAAAUGAUAAACAAUGAUGAUGGUUUUGUAGGGGCGUUUGUUUAUAAAAAUAAGCUUUUUACAACUGCUGAUAAGACAAACAAACUACACACUUACAUUUUAAAUUGAAUCUAUUGAUUUUCUAUUUCAACUUUUUAACAUUUAAAACUUUUUAAAUACACAAUGAUGAA